AUGUUUGGCACCAGGUACGAUCCAGAAGAUCGUGAUUCUGUACAUGCUCUGAAUAGCAAGAGGAAGAGGGAAGAGGAACUGGAUUCAAGUGACAGCGAAGAGGAUGAGGUACACGUCAGUGAGGAGGGCAGAGAUGAUGCAACAACCGAAGCCAAUGAUAACUCCGAUCUCGAAACGGAAGAGACGCAAGCAGAAUCUGACCCUCUGUAUCAAUCCAAACAUCAAGCAGUAUUCAGCAAAUAUAAGCAAUCAGUCGCCGCAGUGGAGCAGUCUGAGUCCGCGCAUAACGAGGAUAAGGAGGAUGAUGAGGAGGAGGAGGAUAUCGUAGACACUCAAGACCUUGCUCCGCUUCCACAACCUCAGUUACCUCGAGAUAAGAAGCUCGCAUCAACGUCCCAGUACUCUAGGAACUUAGAUUGGCUAACGACACCGCAGUAUGUAACACCAGAUGAUAAACUUUCCUUUAGAGAGCUUGGUCUUGAUGAGGUUGUUUUGGAUAAUCUCACAUCACAAGGAUUGAGCGAAGCAUUUGCGGUGCAAGUUGGUGUUCUCAAGAGGAUGAUACCAGAAAUUGCAGCUAAUAAAAGGCGACCGGAUGCGUUUGGUGAUAUACUUGUGAAUGCUUCAACGGGAUCAGGUAAGACGUUGGCAUACUCCAUUCCAGUCAUUCAAGCGCUACAUAAUAGAGUCGUUCCUCGAGUGAGGGCUAUAGUAUUGGUGCCAACAAAGCCGUUGAUUAAUCAAGUGAAAACUGUCAUGUUGCAGCUAUCACUGGGUACUAAUCUAUCCGUCGUUGGGUUGAAAAAUGACAUAUCGAUCAAGGAAGAAAGUGAGAAAUUGGUGAAAGCAGUGCCUGAUAUCGUGAUCAGCACACCAGGAAGACUAGUUGAACAUUUGAAUCUAGGCUCAAUCAAUCUAACUUGCUUGAGGUUUCUCGUUAUUGACGAAGCUGAUAGACUUUUGAAUCAAUCUUUCCAAAACUGGUCACUGGUACUCAUAGACAAGAUUAACGAACAGCAAAAUCACGACAUAUCGAAAAGGUGGAGUUUGAGGACUCAAAAGUUGAUCUUUUCCGCAACCUUGACUACUGAUGCUGGGAAGCUAUCGAAUCUCAAUUUUUAUAAACCAAGGCUCAUCAUUGUCAACGAUACAGAACGGUUGGUCAAUGAAAUGUUUAGCGUGCCGCCAUUGCUAUCUGAGUAUACGAUUCAUUACGGAGUUGCCAAAAACUCGUUGAAACCAUUGAUACUUGCAAAAUUCCUCAUUUUUCAAGAUAAGCUUGCCAAUGUGCUAAUAUUCACCAAAUCAAACGAAUCGUGUAUCAGACUAUCAAAACUUUUGCAGAUUAUCAUGAAUGCACUUUCGAUACAAGUGAAUGUGGGAUUCAUCAAUUCAACAAAUAAUCGAACAUCUACAAGAGCUCGUACUUUGAAAGACUUUUCCAACCAAAAAAUCAACAUUCUCAUUGCAACCGAUUUGAUAGCGAGGGGUAUAGAUUUAACAACAAUAACUGAUGUUGUCAAUUACGAUCUACCAAACUCGUCGCGGGAGUACGUUCACAGAGUCGGUCGUACGGCGAGAGCCAAUCAUGCAGGUAAUGCUUACAGUUUUGUGUUUGGAAAAGGUGAAUUAAAGUGGUUCAACACAAUAUCAAAGGACAUUGGUCGUAGUGGAAGGGCAGUUGAGCCGUUCGAGAUGAAUUUAGGUAAUGUUAUCUCAAAGCAAGACGAGAAUGUUUACCAAAGAGCAUUGUUGGAUUUGCAGCAACAAGCAAGAAUGUGA